AUGCACCUGCGCAUAUCCGAGCCUUCUUCAAUGGCAGCAGAUGACGUGCGAGCCAUGCGGUUUACUAUAACCGCUAAUUCCGGAGAUGAGCGAUGGUCGGACGUCCUAAACUACCUACGAGCUACACAAGACAUCGCACAAGUAUCACUCCCUCCCGACUUCAACUUCGGCAUUCCCUCGCUCCCAUACAUCUCAGGCCGCGAGUUAGUCGGCACCGUCGUCCAAGCCCCGACAGCCUCCAACACCCGUAUCCGUAAUGGCGACGUCGUCAUCGUCCCUUCAACAGACUAUCGCGACCUACGCAAAGCCGCUUUCCAAGAGUACAGUAUAGCGUCUUCCUUCAACGCGAUCCGCCUCCCCCAUUCCAUUCCCCAAGCGCAAGGCGCAAUUCUAGGAGUCUCCUUCGUCUCCGCCAUCCUGGCCCUCGGCAUCAACAUGGGCGUCGACUUCUCUUCCAUCGAAAACGGGCCCGACCUCCUCGCCAUAGUUCGCAGCAUUGACCCCUCCCGCCUGCCCGCUGACAUCCGCAACGAAUGUCUGGAUGGCAUUACCACCGAAGAGCGCGCGAAGCAGGGCGACUUCCUGGUCGUAUGGGGCGGCAGUUCCACGUGCGCGCACACGCUGAAGCAGCUCGCGCGUCUCGCAGGCCUACGCAUCAUCUCCGUUGUCGACACCGCGAAACACGGCCUACGUCUCUCGUCAGCCGAGCCCGUCCGCCCCGACCUCCUCGUCGACGCACACGACCCCGCCCGCGCCGUCGCCAUCAUCCGCGCCGCCACCAAGAACACCGCCCGCUUCGGCUUCGACACGCAGGGCAAAGACACCGCCGCGCACCUCCUCCGUGCACUGGCGUCGAAGACCUUGGACGCUCUCCCGGAAGAUGAAUCCACCUUCGCCUCCACCAAGCCCACUGCCGAGCGCCUCCCCACGCCUCCAUCGACACCGCACGAAAUCUCCACUUCACCGCGGUCGCACCUCGUCGGCCUCACGGGCGUGCCGAAGACAAACAUCCCCGAGGACGUUGCGCUGCAUAAUGUGCCGAUCAAGCUGUUCCACGAGAUACCGGAAGUGGGUGAGGCGCUGUGCGCGUGGUGUGAGAGGUUGUUGGCGAAGGGGCUAUUGUUGCCGCCGGAGGUAGUGGGGACGGUGGAGGGGCUCGAGGGGAUUAACGGCGGAUUGGAAAGGAUGCGGAGGAGGGAAGUUAGUGGGGGGAGGUUGGUGGCGGUGUUGAGGUAG